AAAAAGUAUAAAUAUUUUCAGGGAAAAAAAUUUGAAAUUCCUAAUKUUAUCGUUUUUACUUUCGUUACUUUUUUUUCAAUGUACGAAAUAUAAUUUAUUGUGUCACAUAUAACAUGUGACUCACAUGUGACCCGUAUGUUAUUUACGGUUUACCUAACCUAAAGUUUUUCGUUCUGUUAAUGUGAUGUCUCGGUUACAUUGGUGUGUUCACUGGGAUAUGUAUGUAGAUUAAUAUUCAUUCUAAUAUUUAUAUUGCAAGUAUUUAUUGAAUGAAACAGGAUUAAAAUGACCURAUCAAACUUAAUCAAUUCUAUCGAUAAAUGUCCAUAAAAAAUAAAAAUGAUUAAAGAAGUAGCGCUAGUGUAUCUUCUAUAAAYGGACUUUGUAUAUCCAGCAUAAUUUAAUAAUUUGCAAUUUUUGAAGGACAUUGAAGGACAUUGAGUAGGAAAACGUAGUUGCAUUAAACAGACGUAUAAAAUAAUAGAGUUUUAUUUAAAAUGAAGUUAAUAUUGUUUAGCAGUGUAUUUUUAAUAUACAUUGGUAUUAGUUUAUGUCAARAAGUUGUAUUUCCAGAUGAUUAUAAUGCAUAUAAAGAUAAAUCAACAGUAGAAGAGGAAGUAAGUGGAUCAACACCGCAUAAUUGUCCUGAAAAUAUGUAUCUUUAUCCUAUUCAAGGAACUAAUGUUUCUGUGUGCGAUUGUGUGCCAAGAUACUUAUAUCUUCUUUCAAAUGAUUCUUGUUAUGAAGCUUAUAGCCAAGGACCCUGUCCUCCGAAUUAUUACAUUGCUCUUCCUCAAGGAGAAUCAACUGCACAAUGUGUUAUAAAUCCAUGUUUACAAGAUGGUUUAGUUAAAUACAAUAAUAUCUGUUAUCCUCUUAAAAUAAAGGGUGGUCCUUGCGAACCUGAUGUGCUAGGCAUCAAUGAAUUUACUUUUCAACUGGAAUGUGAAAGAUUCGGAAUUGCACCUCUUACAAUAAUUGGAGCUCCUCUAACAAUAAUUGGAGCUCCUCUAAUAAAUAAAACGGAACCAUGUCCUCCAGGCAGUCGUAGAACUACACAAGGCUUUUGCAAGAAACGAUUUCAAUGAUGGAACCUACUUCAAAUUAUUAGUAUAAUAGCAAGAAAUCAAUAUGAAUUCAUUGCAACAUYAUCUAUUAAAUUUGGAAUGUAAAAAUGUUA